ACAACAGUUUCACCCCAUCCAUUUCAGGGAGAUUCAUCAGCACCCACGUCCUUAGUUCACAAAUUCAUUCGCUCUUGCCCCAGUUGAUUAGCUCUUCGUCUCUACCUACAUUCAUAUUGCGGCACACACGCACGGCCUGAACAUCAGCAGCACCCCCCCAAGGAGCAAACGCUCCACCGACACCAACAUCACGCUUCACGCCAGUGAAUCGCGUCGCGUUUACCCAUCCGCUCCCCUACAACCUGCCUUAUUCUAGUUCGCCUUCUUUCGUUAGAGCACGAGCGCAUGUCAAAAGCGGAGGCCAUGGCCACACGCGUUCCCACGACACACUUCCUUGCCGUUCUCCUCGUCGUCCUGCUACUGCAACCCUCGUAUUCUCUCGCCCAAGAGUCGAUAAAAGGCGUCGCACUCGUCAGGGGCGCGUCAGGGAAGGUGGCGCCGCAGAAUGCAGCAACAGCGACUGCCACGCCGCCAUACACGGACACCUUCGACCCUGCAGCGGUUGAGGCGGCGGCGGUGGAGGCGGCGGCGAAGCGGUCGCGCGCCCCUCUGCGAUACAGUCGCAAGGAGGUGAUCUCGUCGUUCAACAAGGCGGCGCACCUCGUGCGACAAUCCGCGCAGAUCUUCCCUCAGACGUCCCCGCACUUUUCCCGCCUGUUCACAGCAAUGCAGGCGUUCCGUAAUGCAGUGGCCUUAGUGGAGAUGGGCAAGCGCAAGUACAACCUCGCAGAGCCCCAAAUGCUCAACGGGAUCCGCCUGCUGCAGCUGGAGCUCCCCCAGUUAGAGUCUGCCCCGCUGGUUCGGGAGCUGGGUCGGCAGAUCACCUGGCCCGAGGGCCAGGCUCGGAACUUCGGGGUUUCUGCGCUGAGAGUGGCGCAGAAUGGGCUGAAUUCGUUCUUGGUGCAGAAGUCGAGGAAGCGGCAGCAGGAGCUGCGCCAGCAGCAGCUGCAGCGCGUGCAGAAGGAGCAGGGGCAGCAGGGGGCGCAGGGGCAAGAGGGUGGUCGGUAGUGGUAACAAUACUCGUCGGCAAUCACUGUGAUUGCAUGCGAAGCAGCAUCAGGAGCUGCGGCAGCAGCUGCUGCAGCGUGUGCAGAAGGAACAGGGGCAGCAGGGGCAAGGGGGUGGUCGGUAGGGGUAGCAGCACUCUAUGUACUGUAACAUUGUGUAUAUGUGGGUUAACAUUCUAGGGGAAAGAUUUCCUUUAUCGGCCUUUUUGGGGUGGGUGCGCCUUAUGGGGGCAGGGGAGAGAUGGCAAACGGCAAGGCAGCAGCAGGAGACAUGCAGAAGGACCAGAAGCAGCAUUCGAGGGGUUCUUUAUAGUGGAUAGGAAUCAGAAGGACGUUGAGUUGACUGGUGUUCACCAACUGGGAAGAAAUAGUGUCUCAUGUCCAAGAAUAUUAGCUUAUGCCAAUGGCAUAGGUAGUCCACAUUUCGGGAGGCAUAUUCUCAUGACCAAUAAUA